AUGAGCGAGCCUUCUAGCGCCUUGUAUAUUGUCCCUGAUCCGCGCUCCCCCGGAGGGAAAAAGGUCGUGCGACGUCACUACCCGCCCCCGACGACCGCGCCUCUCGAUGACGACUUCGACGCCGUGACCGCGCCUACGGCCAGCGUUUGGGCGGGACGCAGGACGCGCACGUCGACGCACCUCAUGCAGGACGACUUUGACGCGUUCACGGCUCCGACCACGAGCGUAUGGACCGACCACCCGCGCGCGCCUCCUUCGCCCGCGUCGAGCAGCGGAGAAGCAGAUCCGCCCGACGAAGUGACCUGGAUGGGGCCGUCCUCGAGACACGGCGGCCGUUCGGCCCAGAGGAGAUGGCGCGGCACGGGCACGAACGGAUCCCAGUCGAAGGAGAACCGAUACCCCGAGUUCGAGCGCACGGAGGAGUACGUCUAUCGCGGCGACAUCGACCCCUCGGAAUGGGGAGGGAAAACAUUUGACGACGAGGAGAUCCGGAUGGCGUACGUGAACGGGGGCGCCAUGGAGCUCGAGACGGAGCCUCCGGCGGCGACGGAGACCGUGAUCAUGCGAAGACGUGGCGCGGAGAUUGCCAACGGUCGUUGCGCGGGGAUGGCCGGGGGCAGCCACGGGCGGCGGCAGAUCGAGGCCCCAGGGUCUCUUCGUGGGCGGGAAGGAUCUUGGGAGCGGUAUAACGAUGAGACGAGGAGUUAUCGGGCGGAGGGUGAUCCGAAGAUGGUGGAGAAGCGGAUAUUGGAAGAUGGGCCUGAGAGGACGGUCAGCAUCUGGAGGCGAGAGGUGGCGAGAGACGCUGGAGACGACGUACGGAGCGUCGCGGACAGUCACGCUCAGCGCAGGCUAAAGGCGCCCGAGCGGGAAAGGGACCGGACUCGGGAUCGGGAGAGAAGCCAGAGGAGUGGGGGAGCUGGCAGCAGCCAGGCCGGAUGGCGAGGGGACAUGUCAGAAGGUGACAGGUCUCGCUACGCUGGCAAGAGUACCGCCGGCGGCCACCGCGACUACGCGUACCCGACGCCGCCUAGGAGCAAAGGAACGUCGGCUGGGAACAGCCUAGGGCACAAGAGGAGCGCGUCUGACCCUUGGCGGGGGAGCUUCAGCCAGCCUCAGGCGGCUUCGACGCCUCGACAUACGCUUCGAAGGCAACCCCGGAUAGAGAGCCUGGCGCGGACGUCGGUGGUGCCUGACCUGCGCUCGGUGGGCAGCGCUCGCGCUAGGAACACAUCGCGCUCGGGAACUUCUUCCGAGGGACAUUCGGCGGGCGAGGCCGCGACGCCAUCGCUGGAAACGGUGCUCAGCGGCUGUUCGCCCUCUUUGCUUCACACGGCGCCGGUCCUGAGAGAUCUUGGGAUACGGAGCGUUGACCAUCUGAGGGCCAUAGGGAGGAUGGAGAAUGACCUGAGAAACCGAGAAGUGAGGCGGGAAGCAUUCAAGCGGGGCUUGACUGUAGUGGACUGGGCAAUCUUGCUGGACGUGAUGAAGCGUCUGUGACGGACGAUGGUUGUAUGUACCUUAUUCUGUACGCGUAUGGAAACCAUGUUGUAC